AUGUCAUCUAUCCAGGAAACUCGUCUUGCCCAAUCGCGUUCUCUGCGACCGUUCCUCCCACGCUCAUCGACAUCUUCCUACUCACUUCGUGCACGAAUAUCUGACCCCGAAGCAAAACAGGGUCUCCCCAAAAAGCCGGCACCAGGCCGCCCUUGGCCAGCACCCACAAUCCCACGGGCACAACGAGGCCUUCCCCAAAAACGAAGGAUACCAAAUGUAUCACACAUCAUCGCUGUCUCCAGCGCCAAAGGAGGCGUGGGCAAAUCGACCCUGGCAGUGAACCUGGCGCUCUCGUUUUCACGGCACGGCGUGCGCACAGGGAUCCUCGACACCGAUAUCUUCGGGCCCUCGAUCCCGACCCUUCUUGGACUCAGCGACGCAGGGGAACCGAAGCUGUCUGACAAAAGCCAACUCCUCCCGCUGGUCAGCUACGGCCUGAAGAGCAUGAGCAUGGGAUAUCUGCUACCCAGCGAGGAUGCGCCGGUGGCGUGGCGCGGGCUGAUGGUUAUGAAGGCCCUGCAACAGCUGUUGCACGAGGUGGACUGGGCGCAGCCAGCGCCGUUGGAUCUGCUCGUGCUCGACCUCCCGCCCGGCACGGGCGAUGUCCAGUUGACCAUUGGGCAGCAAGUGGAGCUGGACGGCGCGGUCAUCGUCUCCACGCCCCAGGACAUCGCCCUCAAGGACGCCGUCAAGGGCGUCGCCAUGUUCCGCAAAAUGGGUAUCGACGUGCUCGGUCUCGUCCAGAACAUGAGCGUCUUCGUCUGCCCGCAUUGCCACAACGAGACCCGCGUCUUUGCGCGGAGCGGCCACCAGCACGGAAAUGGGCACCGGCCGAUGGGACUAGGAGGGGCAGAAGCGCAAGCACAAGCCCUGGGCAUCGACUUCCUAGGCGAUGUUCCCCUCGACCCCAACAUCUGCGCGGACGCCGACAGCGGCAUGCCGACCGUCGUUGCUGAAGAAGCGAGCGGCCAGAAACUGAAUUCCAAGUACUACGAGGACAUUGCCGAGAAGGUGGCCAAGAAAAUCGGCUUGAGCUGCUGGACCUGA